AGAAUCACGUGAGGCGUACGUGAGAUUUUCUCUCCGUUAAAAAAAUAACUGACGGAAUCUGGGUCAUAAGUGCAUCAUUUUGCCAAAAGAUGUGGACCAUUGUUACUGCAUACAAAAGAAAUAGGACCAUUUUGCCAAAAAUAUUAGACUAUCCAACAUGUUUUACAAUUUCCAAUCGGGCCAUAUCACAAAAGCCCAGCCCAACUUACGACGUGAUAAUUUUAGGUGCUUCAGGUUUUACAGGCAAACACGUCAUUAGAGAAACUCUCAAAUUCCUUAACCUUCCUUCUUCACCAUUGAAGAACUUCGCCAUAGCAGGCCGUAAUACUUCCAAACUUUCACAGGCUUUGCAAUGGGCCUCCGGCCCAAACCCGUCACCGGAAAUCCCGAUCCUCACCGCCGACACCACCGACCCUGCUUCACUCCGUCACCUCGCUUCCCGGACUAAGAUCAUCCUCAACUGUGUAGGACCAUUUCGUCUUUAUGGAGAACCGGUCGUUGAGGCCUGUGUUGAUUCCGGUUGCGAUUACUUGGAUAUAUGUGGAGAACCGGAGUUUAUGGAGAGGAUGGAGGUGAAGUACCAUGAUAAGGCUGUGGAGAAUGGAUCGUUAGUUGUUUCGGCUUGUGGAUUUGAUUCUAUUCCUGCUGAAUUAGGCUGGAUGUUCAAUUCUAGACAGUGGAUGCCGCCGGCAAUAUUUAGUAAGGUUGAGGCCUACAUUAGUCUAGAAUCAGGCAAGAGAAUUGUUGGAAAUUUGGGGACGUACGAGUCAGCGGUGCUUAGUGUGGCAAACGCAGACAUUUUGCAGGAACUAAGACGCUCCAGACCCAAGAAGCUUCGUCCUGAGAUUCCUGGUACUAUUCCUAAAGGUCCAUUGGUAAAUCACCUAAGGGAAGUCGGGCUUUGGGCUGUAAAGUUACCAUCAGCAGAUGCAACUGUGGUACGGAGAACACUUUCAUGUUUGGCUGAAGAUUCUCGUGGUUUACCUGGUGUUAAUGAAAGCACCGAACAGAUUGAGAGGAGGGAGGGAUUUUGGUCUACCAUAAAGCCAGCUCACUUUGGUAUGAAGAUAGCUUCGAAAUCUCUGUUAGGUGUUGUUCGUUUCAUUACAGUUGGCAAGUUCAUUGCUCUAUUUGGUAAAACUGAUAUAGGGAGGUGGCUGCUUUUGAACUUCCCUUUAGUGUUCAGUCUUGGAUUUUUCAGGAAAAAAGGUCCAACUGAGGAUGAAGUGGCAAGUGCUUCCUUUAAGAUGUGGUUUGUCGGACAGGGGUUUAGUGAUGGCAGCAGCCUUGCGUCACAAGGAAAUAGGAAACCUGAUAUGGAGAUAAUUACAAGAGUAAUGGGACCUGAGAUUGGUUAUUCGACAACUCCAAUCAUUCUAGUCCAGUGUGCCCUAAUGUUGCUCAAGGAACGACGCAAUCUUCCAAAAGGCGGUGUUUUCCCUCCUGGGAUUGUGUUUGGCCCAACUGACCUCCAAGAUAGGCUUCAAGAGAAUGGAAUAUCUUUUGAUGUUAUUUCAAAGAAAACUGCUCCCUGCAGUUUUAGUCAUAUUGAAAAUCACAUGCAAGAAACGUGA